AUGUCGAGCUAUGGAUCCAAUGCAACGCCUUGCAGCAGCAGCGGUAGAUACGCAACUGUGGCAGAUGCCGCAGCACAGCAAAGCACUGAGGCAGUGAUGGAGAUGCUUGCUCAAGGCUACAGAGUGGAUGGCCAGGACUCUCUCGGCAACACCGCUCUACACUGGAUUGCAUUUUUCAGGCUAGACACCCUGAUCAGCCCAGUGCUAGAAAAGCGCGCACGUCCCGACAUUGUCAAUUACUCCGGUGAGUCUCCAGUGCAUUUUGCCGCGAUGUCUUCCCACGUAGCUGGCCUGGAUGCAAUGACACGGGCCAAUCGAGCUCUACUCUCGCUGCAUGAUAAGGAUGGGUACACCCCUUUCAUCGUGGCUGCGAAGCAAGAUAACUCUCCUGUCAUGGAAUGGAUGUAUCUGCAGGGGGUCAGCACAGAAGAGCAGGAUGACGAUGGCCGAACUGCUCUUCACUGGGCAUGCUACAACGGGAACAAGAAGACGGUGCAGUGGUUGCUCUCCCGAUCUGCAAGCAUCGUCCACCGAGACCGUGACGGCAUGACAGCAAUCCACUGGGCAGCCAUGAAGGGCCACGAACUCAUUGCAGACAUGCUCAUGGAGGUCGGGGCUGUAAAGCUUCUGGACGUCCCGGACCGUAACGGGAUUACUCCAAUUGAGUUUGCCAUGCGGAAGAAGAACAGGUACCUGGUGGCGUCCUUCCACAAGUCGCAGGUGUUGAACUAUCUGUUGGGCAGGCCGUAUGUGUUCCGCAAUUCUUUCGCAAAUCUGUUCAUGUGCUUCAUUGCCUUCAACAUUAUGGUGUUUGCCUUUAUCGUAGCUCCAGGUAUUGCGGCUAGAAAUCCGGAGGCAGUGAUGCACUGGUCCGUACUUAUGGGACUGUCACUGCUCCUUUGGGUUCAGUGCUGCUUUUCUGACCCCGGUUGUUUGCGGCCGCCUACCAUACACCCACAGCAUCACCUCCUGGGCAAUGACCCAGAGAAGACGUUUGAUGUUGAGCAACCAAUCGAGUCACAGAUGGCUCAUUGUGAUAGUGUCUUGCAGCAGCUGACAUUGACAUGCAAUGGUAAGGAUUCAGAAGUCAUCAAGCUCGAGCUGCAGCAGAACAUGUACAAUUAUCAGAGGCAAGUCUUGCGAGAAGCGAGGAAACAGCUUGAACGACGUUGUGGCAUGGGCGAUCCUCGAAGCCCGGCUAAGGGCGAAUUGCAGCCGCUCAUUGCUCCAGGGUACAAGGAGCACAUUGCACCUCAGCAGGCUCAAUUGGAUCGUGCCACGGAGACUCUUCAUGAGCGUGAGCGGUCCGCUGGAGAAAACCUGGGCCGUGCGCGAGUGGAGCAGCUCCUUGCAGAAGGGUGUGGCGAAUACCUUUCUUUGGUGGAGAAAGGAGAGUUCAAGCAUGUCUGCAUCGUUUGUCGUGCACGGCGCGCGAUGCGAUCGCACCACUGCAAGGAGAUUGGUCGCUGCGUUGAUAAGAUGGACCACCACUGUCCUUGGAUUGAUAAUUGCGUUGGUUUGGGCAAUCAGAGAUCAUUUUACAUGUUUGUCCUGGUCCUAUUCACCACCAUCCUCUAUUUCUACUACACGGUCUUCUUGUAUGUGUUUGAUACCGUGUUUCCAGAGAUUUCGCAUGGUUCAUUCAGCGAGCUUCUGCAAGCCAUGACCAGUGGAUCCCUUGCACCUGAGCUACAGCCACUGGUAGUUCUCAUUACAGCCGUGUUUGACCUGGUUUGGGUGUAUUUUGUGGGCCUUCUGGUUCUCCGGCACACGGCAUACAUGCUGGUGAAUGUGACUACUUAUGAAGUCUUGAUGAGACCGCCUCAUAUGCAGCGACGCUUUCCAAAGGCUCGGGGAAAGUUCUUCUUCUUUCAAGGUUUCGGGCUCAUGUCGGCCUUGGCCAAUUGCGCAAGGUAUUGGAUGCUGGACGGCAGCGCUGACGUGGCAAUGUUCUUUGGACGUCCUCAAGAGAGCUUUGUUGCUGCCGAACAGGUGGCCAAACACAAGUGGGAGGGCGGGCCUGAUGCAGUAAAUCUACCUGAGGAACC